GGUCUGCGUUCCCAAGAGCUGGGCGCUCGGAAAUAUGAAGCAGUCGUAGGUUCUAACCAAUUCCGCAGCCAAAUGCUGGCUCCAGAAUCACGUUCCAAUUCGACCCAGCCUGCGAAAUUUCAGAUCACUUGUGCAUAUGCUUCCGCGGCGGCGCAUGCUCGCGAGCCUCCCGAGCUACAUCGACUUAUUCUUCCUGGCAUUGGCUUGGGUCUUGCAGUGGUAUUCGAUCCUCAAGCCCAUCGUCCUGAGCCUCGUGGCCCGUGAAGGGGGCCCCGUGGUGGCGUCGGUGUUGCAGGAUGAGUCGGAGGGGCUCAGGUUUUGGCACAUCAAGGUAUUCAGCGGCCUGGUCGGCAUCCUCGUGACGAACGUCUUGGGCACGCUGUAUUUCUGGCGCGCCGACCUCCCACGCGUCGCUGCACUGGCCGCCCUGGACUUGGAUACCCCUUUCCUCAUCGCGACGCAGGCGGAGGACUACGCCAAAGGUCGGAGGAGGGCCCAUUGAGAGACCAGCGGCGAGAAAACGGCAGUCCUCCCGCCUGGCCCAAAUCCGCUCGACAUCGGCAUCCAGACCCGUCUCGGGGCCCAAGCGCGCCAGCUUGCCAAGCUGCGUCCGCGGCGGCGAGGGCCCGCGAGACAAUCCUUGCCCGGGAAAGAGAGCGCGCCUCCUCCUCCGCCUGGGGCCUGGGCCAGGGGACUUCGAGAUCCGAUGAAGAGAGGAUGUCUCGCGGAAGCGGCGCAACGGGUAUGUCCCGACCCCGGGAGCUCGACUCGGAACCGACCGGAUUCGGACCCGACCGAAUCUGGACCCGCCUGGCUUGGUCGCACUGCGCUCGGACUGGCCGCACCUGGGCCCGGCCGGACUCGGACCCGGCCAGAUCCGGACCAGCGGAACUUUGCGCCUCGGCGGACCUCGGACCCAGCCGAACACGGACGUGCCGUGGGGCCGUUGACGUCCCCGGCGUGACGUGUCCCGGCACGUUCCCCUGCGCGUCGCUCGGCGUGGCACGCUCCCUGGCUUGUCCUCUGUCGCGUCUCCUGGCUCGUCCCCGGGCGCUGCCCCUGCCCACUCCGUGGGCGCGCCCC